AUGGCAGAGGACAACCCGUUCGACAAAUCCCAGACUGUCCAUCCCGAAGUACGGGCAUAUGUGUACAGCCUGGUCAACGCCCUUGGUGGGAGUAGUACGGACGACGACGGCCGAUAUGUCCUCGGUGAUGAUGCACUUGCGUGUCUCCGUGAUCUGAAAAGAUGGUUGAAGUUGUACGACGAGAAGAACAACAAGCUCGACGUAGCCAGAUGCCUUGCAGAAGCCAAACUUGUUGGAGGAGACCUUAUACCGAUCUUGGCCUCAUGGCCGGAACAGGGAAAGGAGAGCAAACUGAAGGCAAGGGUUGCGCUCGCAUGCUUGGAACUGCUGGUACCACUGACAUGGCCCCUGGAAAAUGGCGGAGAAAUGACUUUGAAUCAUCACCGACACACUCCAUACAUUCAACAGGCGCAGGUGUUGUACAAGGCUGCGAUUCUUGGUUGCGAUACUAGCAGUAUUCUACGCCAAGUGAUUCGGAUUGGCCUUCCUUCGAUCGCUGUCGCCAGAGACGAGAGAACGAGUCGAGAUGAGGGUAUUCUCAAGCUGAUGCUCUAUUUCUUUCGGAACGUCGCCGUCAUUCAACAAAUCCCAAACCUGCCCAAUCAAGGCCUGGAUAUGGAGGUUUCAAGAUCUGCAACGAUCGAGGCGUUCAGAAAUCAAGACGUCUUCGCCUUGCUGUUGACCUUAUGCUCCAACAUGGGAGAGGAUUUCAAUCUACAGGACGUUAUAGUUCUUGAUAUCAUCUUCAACCUGAUCAAAGGAAUCGACCCGAAGCGGCUGUGGAUGACAGAGCAGGAAAGAAAAGGUCAAGGAAUAUCAGAUCUAAGUGCUGCACUUGCCAUUGAGCAUAGCGAGGCCAAAGAAGCAAAACGGAACCAGUGGAGUCGGCAUGGUCGCUUUGGCACCAUGUUAUGGGUCAAACGUGAAGGAGAAAAGGUGUCAGCUGUGUCGGGACAAGAUAAUCUGAAGAGCGAUCAAAAGGCCUUCUUCAACAUGGACAAAUCGAAGAAAUGGCAUAAACCGCAGCAGAAGCGCAAGGACGUUGACCACACCAUUCACGACUUCGACCAUACCACUCGGCUUACCAAUUCGGCCAGCGAGAAGUUGCGCAAUUUUGUUGAAGAAUUCCUUGAUUCAGGGUUUAACCCCCUUUUCGCUCAUUUACGCAAAGCCAUCCAACGCGAAGCCGAGCGUCUGGCCGACGUCAAUUAUCGGCAAUUUUUCUACGCGGUUGCGUGGUUUCUUGAGGCCGAACGCGUUCGUCGGGAGACAAGGAAGAAGGAGAUCAAGCCGGAUAAAGUCAGAACUGACUUUGAAGACGAAAGCUAUGCACUCGUUGCAACAGUCCUGAACCAAGAGACUUUCAUCAUGCUUAACCGAUACAUGCAACUGUCUUGGGACAACAAGGAGUGGCAGGAUUUGAAUGCAAGCAUGCGAUGUUUCACUCAGAUCCUAUUGACCGUGCAAGAAAUGGCACAGAGCCCUUUGGACGAGGACCAAGAAAUCGCGGACAAUAUUCAAAAGAACAUAUUCUACGAAGAGACGACUCAUGACCGAAUAACCGGCAUCUUGAAGGGCUACAAAGACCAAGGAUUCGGCUACCUUGACGCCUGCACUGAACUGUCACAUGUCUUCUUGCGCAUGCUAGAGAGAUACUCGAAGGAGAAUACCGACUUGCAGAUUCGCUCACGGCGGAGAGCAAGGAGGAAGAGGAAAGAGGCUGAGAGGCAAGCUGCCCAGCCAGGGGAUGAUCCCGUUGAGGACGACGAAAAAUCUGAGAAUGAGGAUAUCGCCGAUGUCAUCCAAGUCUCUAAGGAGCGCAAGUUUGAUUUCAACCGUUUCGCAGCCAAAUUCUCCUCUCAGGCAUCGGUAAACACGUUUACCUCCCUCAUCACCUUUUACCGAGACCUCAAUACCGAACAACUCAAACGAGCACACCGAUUUUUCUACCGAGUGGCGUUCAAGCAGGAUCUCCCCGUUUUACUUUAUCGGGUGGACAUUAUUGCACUAUUGUACAAGAUGAUCAAUGGCCCAGACGGUCUUGACACAGAGCAUCCCAUGUACAAGGACUACUCUGAAUUUUCCCGGCAAGUGUUUAAGAAGAUGUUCAAGAAGAUCGAUCAGAGGCCGGAACUGGUGGUCGAACUUCUUUUCAGCAAGAUCCACUCCACCUUGUACUACCUUGAAUUUGGUCAAGAAAAGCAAACGAUCGCAGCAAGCCGUCCCCCAGCAGACUUGGAGAUCAGGCCUGCACCAGGGAGGGAUAUCAAAGAGCAGAUCGGCAUCAUCGUCACUGUGUUGAUAAAGGACAGAAAGGCGGAACUAGUAACAUGGGUAAAAGAUACGCUGAGAAAGGCUUACGAUGAAAGGCAUGCUUGGGAGGUUGAGGCCGAAGUCCGCAGAGCGACUGCGGUUGAAGCUGCGCAAAAAGACCACGAAUCCCCACCCGAAGUCGUCGAUAUCGGCCAGCCUAGUUACAUUACGGUGCGUCCUACCUCGGAAGAUAUCAAGAUUGCAAUGUUCAAGAAUGGGCGCCUACGAUUGUUGAUGCGCCUCGUCGGCUUCGACAUGUUGGGGGAUGAAGACGUUCUUGGGGCGAGUUGGAUCGUACCUUCGGGCCUCACGGCGGAUACCUUAGCUGAGUCGAAAGCCUCAAUUGAGCAAUAUGAGCAAACACCAUGGCAAGGGGACGAUGAGAACGAAGAUGCCGAAGAUAUGGUCCGGCGUGCCAGAAAUAAAGACGGGAAGACAGAUGUUGGCGAGGAAGACGCGCCUCGAGAUGCCUUCAUCGAUGACUCGGAAGGCGAGGAAGAGUUUAUGUUUCCAGACAACCCCCGGAGAAAGAGAACUAAGAACAUUAUCGAAGAACUCAAAGCCCGGCGCAAGAGGAAACGCAACGAAGACAACGAAGACGACGAAAUUGACGAAGAGCUUGCUGCCCAAAGAAGAGCAGCACGUGAAGAUGCCGCGAGGGCACGACGACUCAAGAUCAAAAGCGAAGCAUACAUCAGAGACAGUGACGAUGAAUCGGAUCAAGAGCGAGAUCGCCUGUUCUUCGAGAGGGAAGAGGAAGUGCGUCGGAAACAAGAAGAGAACAUACGCAAGCAGAUGGCAUUGGAAACGGGCGGUCGGGUUGCUGAGACCAAAGAGCGGAGGAAGAAGGCGCCGGCUCGUCAGAUGCCUGUAGCGGAACAAGACAGUGACGACGACCUCCUGAUGGUGGACAUCGAUGACAAGCCCAACGAGACCGCUUCGUCACAAACCCAGCGAAAGUCAGAUAGCGAAGAGGAAGAAGACGAAGAGGACACGCCCUUGUCCUCUCAGAGUUCGGCUGCAGCUAAGCCAUCAGAUGCAGGCAGAGCCGCGCUUAGGGAGAUGCCUCAGGCAAGGGCAGACCAAGGGAUCGAUGCGAGUGCAAGGAGCAAAGACGCUGGGACGGUGGAGAGCGAAUCGGACGAGGACAUUGUACGGACAGCACGACGGCGCAUGCGUGGUGGCUUUGUUGUGGACAGCGACGAUGAUGACGAUUGA